CAUUGAUCUUAAUGUCGCUAUUCCCUUCUGAAGCAGAAAGCCAGGAUUAUGCUGUCCCCGAUGUCACCAAGUCAGCCCUGAUGACUUUCCCGCAGGCACGCAAGCAGAACAACCUGGACAAGCCACCCCCACGGUAUGACGCACUCUACGCUGCAGCAGAUAUUGUCAGCACCCAGGUCCCAAAUAUACCCUCCUUGCAGGGUGUGAGUGGCAACAAUGUAUAUGCUGUUCCCAAUGAGGAGCUGCUUCUCAGCAUUGAAGUUUCCGUCAACGAAUUCCCUCGCGAGAAUCUACGCUUUAUCGAGGUGUUGGGACAGGGGCAGUUUGGAGAGGUUCACCUGUGUGACGCAGUGAACAUGAGUCACUUUGUGGAGGAAGACUUCAUAAUGAACCGCACACUGUCCAGACCGUGCCUGGUGGCCGUGAAAAUACUCAGAACAGACGCAGAGGACAGAGCCAGGGCAGACUUUCUGAAGGAGAUCAAGAUAAUGUCCCAGCUACGGGACCCAAACAUCGUGCGUGUUCUGGGCGUGUGUACGGGGGAGGAGCCACUGUGUAUGAUAGUAGAGUACAUGAAGUAUGGAGACCUCAACCAGUUCCUGCUGGACCAUGUGCUGGAGACGCCCUCAGCGCAGGCUGUCAAUGCUAAAAUACUUAGUUACGGGUGCCUGAUUUACAUGGCGUCCCAAAUUGCCUCUGGCAUGAAGUACCUCGAGUCUCUGAACAUGGUGCAUCGUGACCUCGCUGUACGCAACUGCCUUGUUGGCAUGAACUUCACGAUCAAGAUUUCAGACUUUGGGAUGAGUCGGAUUUUGUACAGUGCUGACUAUUACAAGAUAGAGGGACGAGCUGUUCUUCCGAUAAGAUGGAUGGCCUGGGAGUCUAUACUACUGGGCAAGUUUACGACAAAGUCAGAUGUCUGGUCGUUUGGAGUAACGCUGUGGGAAAUAUUGACUUUUGCCCGUGAUCAGCCAUAUCAUAAUCUAAGUGAUGAUCAAGUGAUCGCCAAUGCGGGACAUUUCUACAGAAGUGACGGACAGCAGAUGCUUCUACCACAGCCCAUCGUGUGCCCCCGUGAGAUUUACGACAUGAUGGUUGAAUGUUGGAACCGCUCCGACUGUGAGCGACCCACAUUCAAAGACAUUCACAUGUUCUUGUUACGAAAGAACAUGGGAUACAAUCCAAAGGAUGAAAAGUUGAACCAAUUAAAAGUUCCAGUGUGUUAGCUAUGGUGAACAUAUACAGAAAUUCAAUUGUGACAGCUGAGCUGUUGACUCGUUCAAUUCUCUGCCAAUAAUUGGAAGCAAAAUUUAGUGUUGUGAGAAAAGCACUCAUUUCACAUAGUGCUCUCCCUUUGUAAACAAUAAUGUCAAAGGUUAAAACUAAGGAGAUCCAAAUGAAAGUAACAUAAGAGCUCAUGGCUUGGUCCUGGUGUUUUAACCUAUUAUUAAAAGAAAGCCUGAAGCCUUCAUCACUUCUGUUAGUGUGCCAUUGUGCUAUUGACUAAAAAACGUCUCAGUCUACAACUAGAGUAAAUGAUAUCUUUCUGAAGUGCUAACCAUUAUAUUAUUAUAUGUCCUGUGUAUAUUUUUUAAUGUUUUGAAAAACACUUCAGUGUUUGAAAUAAAAUCAACAAAUACUUCUGUUAAUAUAGGUUAGAAUAAACGCAUCUAUUUAUGAAAGGUCCAUGCUGUCCAUUGCCGGUAUAAAUCUGAAUGUAAAAAUAUUAUAUUAAAAAAAAAGAAUGGCAUGCAGAUUUUAUAUGUAUUAAUAUAUUACAGUUGUAUAUAGGCAGACUGCAUUUGUAACAUUAGUACAUGCAGGUGUUACAAGAUGGUCAAGUUGAUAAAAGUGCAAUGUGUUCCAUGUUUAUGUCAGAAUAGUAUUUGUGUGAUACAUUAUGCUCAGAAUACUUUUACAUCUGAUAGCUUGUUUAAUGUUCAUAUCAAGCAAUGUCUUAUGAUAACUUUAUCAUUCUUUGUAUUCUUUAUAACAUCGUUUUACAUUUGUGUAUCAGUGUAAAGAAUCAAAUUGCUAUCAUGUAAUUAUUUGUUACAAGUUGUUAGUGCCAUUUUUGUAUUGUUGUUGUUUAUUUUAUGUAUACCCAUAAUUGUUCUGAAAAAGUUUUCAUGUAUAGACCUUCAAAAUGUUUGGAGCUGCUUCAUGCGAAAAUGGGUCUUAUUACAUAGCUCCCGACCAGUCUGACCAUUCACUCAGUCAGGGCAGGAGCUACCCUGUCUGCGAAUGAAACCUCCAUAUCUUGCCUGACUUUAUAGCAGACAGGGUAGAUUCUAAUCAGACUGGGCUUAUGCGCAGGCUGGUUUUGUGCUAUGUUGGCAGCAUAUGGCAUAAGACCCAUUUUUGCAUGUUGCUUGUAAUUUUAUGCUUGCUUGUUGAUAUUCUCACUCAUUACUAAACAGUGUACACUUUAUUGAACACGUCAUUCCCAAUUGACUUCUUUUUGUUCAGUGUCCUUAACAGAAUCAUACUACGCCAUAUGGUUGUUACAUGGACACAUUAACACGUUGGUUUAUACAUUUCCUUCUGAUCAUGAAAUCCAGUCAAUGUUUACAAAUUAUGUGUACAGCUAUGAGUGCUGCUGCUGAUUUUUCUUACACGAUAAAGCUGUAACCAGAGUCUGUUUAUUCGGUAAACAGAACAUAUUUAUUUAUUUUAUAUACUCAUAGUGGUAUCUGACAAUACGAAAAAAGCUUAAAGAACAUUUAAACGAUUGCAGGAAAAUAUUUGAUUUACUUAUUUUAUAUUACUAUGUCUGCAUGUCAGCAUGAAAUGUUUACUUAAAAAAAAGAUAAAUAUAACAUCCUCCACAUAAAUAUAACAUCCUCCACAUAAAUAUAACAUCCUCCACAUAAAUAUAACAUCAUCCACAUAAAUAUAACAUCAUCCACAGUAUUAAUACAGUGGGAGGUAUGUUGAUUUUCUGCCAUUUACUCCUCAAUUAUCUCACUAAAAGGGCUGCAAUUAUGUUUUAUGUCAAGUGUUGUAAUUAUUGUGGUAUAUUUUGUAUUUCUUGUUGUGCAAAUUGGGAAGAAUUACAUUUCAAAAUGUUUUCUUUUUAAUACCGUAUCUGUAGUAUACAACGGGCUAACUCCAUUAAUGUGCAUGUGAGUUUAGUUCUUUUUAAAGCGCCUUAAUCACCUUAUUACCUCCCAUGGCCACAUCAUGAUAUCUUGGAGUGAUCUCCCUUUUUCUGUUUGUUCAUUCCUGCCGUAAUAUCAACAAUUUGUGAAUAAUUGGACUGUUUUGCCUUUGGGGCCCAGAAAAAGUAUCAGCGUGAAUUCAAGCUAUUGUUGAAGAAUGAUUUCAUUUCAUCUAAAAUUGCAUGCCUUCCUAGGAACAUCACAAACAAACUGCAUUUUGUAGAAAAAUACUUUACUUUAAACUGCUACACAUUGUUAUGCUCCUUUGCAAUAGAUGGAUUCAAUUGCAGGCUUUUUUAAAUUUGACUUAAUUUUUGUAUUAACAAGGCUUAGCCCUUUGCUGUAUACAUGCUGUGCUUUCAUUUUUUCAUUAUUUGCAAGUUUGCACGUGUGAGUUCCAGUAAGAAUAGAACACAUGAAGUGUGUGAUUAUUGAUGUGAGUUCCAGUAAGAAUAGAACACAUGCAGUGUGUUAUUAUUGAUGUGAGUUCCAGUAAGAAUAGAACACAUGCAGUGUGUGAUUAUUGAUGUGAGUUCCAGUAAGAAUAGAACACAUGCAGUGUGUGAUUAUUGAUGUGAGUUCCAGUAAGAAUAGAACACAUGCAGUGUGUGAUUAUUGAUGUGAGUUCCAGUAAGAAUAGAACACAUGCAGUGUGUUAUUAUUGAUGUGAGUUCCAGUAAGAAUAGAACACAUGCAGUGUGUGAUUAUUGAUGUGAGUUCCAGUAAGAAUAGAACACAUGCCGUGUGUGAUUAUUGAUGUGAGUUCCAGUAAGAAUAUAACACAUGCAGUGUGUGAUUAUUGAUGUGAGUUCCAGUAAGAAUAGAACACAUGCAGUGUGUGAUUAUUGAUGUGAGUUCCAGUAAGAAUAGAACACAUGCAGUGUGUGAUUAUUGAUGUGAGUUCCAGUAAGAAUAGAACACAUGCAGUGUGUGAUUAUUGAUGUGAGUUCCAGUAAGAAUAGAACACAUGCAGUGUGUGAUUAUUGAUGUGAGUUCCAGUAAGAAUAUAACACAUGCAGUGUGUGAUUAUUGAUGUGAGUUCCAGUAAGAAUAUAACACAUGCAGUGUGUUAUUAUUGAUGUGAGUUCCAGUAAGAAUAGAACACAUGCAGUGUGUGAUUAUUGAUGUGAGUUCCAGUAAGAAUAGAACACAUGCAGUGUGUGAUUAUUGAUGUGAGUUCCAGUAAGAAUAGAACACAUGCAGUGUGUGAUUAUUGAUGUGAGUUCCAGUAAGAAUAGAACACAUGCAGUGUGUGAUUAUUGAUGUGAGUUCCAGUAAGAAUAGAACACAUGCAGUGUGUGAUUAUUGAUGUGAGUUCCAGUAAGAAUAGAACACAUGCAGUGUGUGAUUAUUGAUGUGAGUUCCAGUAAGAAUAGAACACAUGCAGUGUGUGAUUAUUGAUGUGAGUUCCAGUAAGAAUAGAACACAUGCAGUGUGUUAUUAUUGAUGUGAGUUCCAGUAAGAAUAGAACACAUGCAGUGUGUGGUUAUUGAUGUGAGUUCCAGUAAGAAUAGAACACAUGCAGUGUGUGAUUAUUGAUACGUGUGAGUUCCAGUAAGAAUAGAACACAUGCAGUGUGUGAUUAUUGAUGUGAGUUCCAGUAAGAAUAGAACACAUGCAGUGUGUGAUUAUUGAUGUGAGUUCCAGUAAGAAUAGAACACAUGCAGUGUGUGAUUAUUGAUGUGAGUUCCAGUAAGAAUAGAACACAUGCAGUGUGUUAUUAUUGAUGUGAGUUCCAGUAAGAAUAGAACACAUGCAGUGUGUGAUUAUUGAUGUGAGUUCCAGUAAGAAUAGAACACAUGCAGUGUGUUAUUAUUGAUGUGAGUUCCAGUAAGAAUAGAACACAUGCAGUGUGUGAUUAUUGAUGCAUGUGGCCAGCUUAUUUUCAUCACCGUGCUGUUACACAGUUUGUGUUGUAAUUUACUUGCCGUUCUCUUCAUGAACCCAUUUAUGCCUAGUGGACUCUCCCAUCCUUCUAAAUUGGAUCAAUUUAUUUCCAAAAUUAGUACAUUUAUUUCUAUAUUUAGAAUAUUUUUUACAGAAAUUCCUUUAAGCAAACAGCGCAGACCCUGAUGAGACGCCGCAUUAUGCAGCGUCUCAUCUGGGUCUACGCUGUUUGCCAAGGCUUUUUUUCUAUACGCUAUGCAUAAAUGGGUUAAAAACCAAAGGAAUUACCGUGAUAACUAACAAAUUCAAGCCAUAACUAUCACUGAUUCCAUAUUGAGGCUUCUUUCUUGUUUUUGAAUGUGCAUAAUAUUUCAUUCCAUUUAUAUUUCACAUGUCACAUAUUAAGCUGUUAAUAUUGUAUACAUUUUGUUUAUAAAUAUGAGCAUCGCUCUGGGAAAACCAGGUUUAAUGCAUGUGCUGAAAGACUUUGUUUAAAUGAAAGAUUCCUUAAAAGCAAACAGUGGUUUUCCUGAUUGUGCUGAAAGACUUUGUUUAAAUGAAAGAUUCCUUAAAAGCAAACAGUGGUUUUCCUGAUUGUGCUGAAAGACUUUGUUUAAAUGAAAGACUCCUUAAAAGCAAACAGUGGUUUUCCUGAUUGUGCUGAAAGACUUUGUUUAAAUGAAAGAUUCCUUAAAAGCAAACAGUGGUUUUCCUGAUUGUGCUGAAAGACUUUGUUUAAAUGAAAGAUUCCUUAAAAGCCAACAGUGGUUUUCCUGAUAAGCCUGUGUGGACUGCACACGCAAAUCUGGGAAACACUUGACGCACAUCCAUUAAGCCCUGUUGUUCUAAGGGUGGGUCAUAUAUAUAUAUAUAUAUUUGGAUAGAUUCACAGUCAUCUAUUUGACAAAGUCAUGUACUUUUUUUCUAGAAUUUUGGUGCCUAAUACUCGUAAUACGAAAAGUUGUAAAAAAUAUUUAUUAAAACAAUCUGAA